GCUCUUAUUUCUUAAAAAUUAACUGAUUACUUCUUGUUUUCACAUACUAGCUAGUUGCUCUUAUUUUAUUUCUUAAGAAUUAACUGAUUGCUUCAUGCACUGUGUGAAAGGGGGAGAAAAAAAGAAUUUCAGCUCCAUAGAGCUUAUAAUCAAAACAGAAAAAGAUGCAGAUGAGCAAAUCAAAGAUAUAGAAAGGGAGACAGAAAUGUCCCAUUUGAAUCCCUCAUUUCAUCAAUUACAGACUUACUGGAAAAGAUUCGCUUUAGAGCUGUAAUAUAACCAGAGAUCCAGAAAAUGCAGCUAGUGAGGAAAGUAAAUGGAAUUUAUUUUGUCUACAGAGAAGUCAAAGAUUUUCAUUCCUUUAGAUACACUGCAUUGGUUAAUGUCUUCCCUCUGAAAAAAGGAGUGUUCUUCACUAUCUUCUCCUUUGUGCUUGUCCCACUUGGUUAAAACAGUUAUGGGUGAUGAGUCAGUACCGUAUUUGCUGGGUGAAGGAACCACUAAAACGUAUCAAAUACCUAUUAGUCACCUGGACUAUAAAUUCAUUGAAAAAUGCACAGAUGUUAAGCACCUGGAAAAGAUUCUUAGGGUAUUAAGGUCUGGUGAGGAGGGAUGUUAUCCUGAACUUACGUUGGCUUGUGAAAAGCGUAUUGAGUGUUUGGAUCCAAGGAGCAGAGCUCUGAGAAAAGAGAAGCCUGCAGCCACAGCUUCUGAUUUCACAGCUGAAGAAUGGGAAGCAAUUAAUAGUGAACUGAUGAGCUGGCUGACAGAAAUGAAUGAAGAUGAUAAGAAAUCACAGCUCCUAAGAACAGACACACUGAAUGAAAGACAAGAUAACUUGCCUCCUAUUCGUUGUUCCAGCAACUGCCUUCCUAAUCAGAACAAAAAAUUGCAAAACAAACAAAGAAGCAAGAAAAACAUACCACGGGAUUACAGUGAAUGGGACAAGUUUGAUGUGGAAAAGGAAUGUUCUAAAAUUGAUGAAGACUCUGAAGAAAGUAACUCAAAAGCAAGACACUUCAGUAGGACAAGUCUACCUAUAAUUGAAAAGAAAAUUGACACAACUGGAAUGACAGAGAGAGAGAAACUUUUUAUUGCUACUCGUGAAAAGGAAAAGGGCAAUGAAGCCUUUGCCACUGGCGAUUAUGUGGAAGCAGUGACGUAUUACACUCGGAGUAUAUCAGUAACACCGACUGCAGCUGUGUAUAAUAACAAAGCUCAAGCAGAAAUCAAACUUCAGGACUGGGACAGUGCUUUGCAGGAUUGUGAGAAGGUACUAGAUAUGGAACCUGGCAACAUAAAAGCUUUGAUGCGUCGUGCCACUGUACACAGUCAUCUGCAGAAUUACCAGGCAGCUAUAGAGGAUCUGAAUGAAGUGUUGUCUGUUGAACCAAAAAACUCUAGGGCUAAGAAAAGUCUGCUAGAGAUUGAAGAGAAACUGAAAGGUUUAAAGCCUGUAUCUGAGUCUCAAGGCAAAGGAAAAAGAAUACUUAUUGAAGAGAUAGAGGAUUCAGAAAGUGGUGAAGGAAGAGGGGAAAAUACAGAAGAAUGUGAAAGACGUGGCGGAGAUAAAACCCCCGGCGCGGCAGCGGCAGCGCAGGCGGCAGCCGGGGAGCCCGCGAUGGGCAACGCGCACAGAAAGUCCCACGGCAAGGGCAAGGCGCACGACAGAGACGCGCACAAACACAAGGACUCCGCUGAGAGCGGAUCGAAGAAAGGCGCGUCAGGGAAGAAGUCGGAAAAGCAUUUGUCAGACCAUGAAGGCGAAGUUAAUGGCUAUUUACCCACUGAUGAGAAGAGUGAAAGCGCCGAAGCUGAGGAGAUCUCCACAUCGCAUGGAGAAGGGUCUCAGUCGGCUGCUGGUGGCAGUUCCACUUCACUUCCUCCUACUGCAGCAAAACUAAAAAGUGAAGGAAACGAGUUAUUUAAGAGUGGACAGUUUGGAGAAGCUGUGCUCAAAUAUUCGGAAGCAAUUGAAUAUGUCACUGAUCUAGGAGAACAAAGUCCAGACGAUUUAAGUAUCUUGUACUCAAACAGAGCAGCAUGUUACCUCAAAGAAGGGAACUGCAGUGACUGCAUUCAGGAUUGUAACAGAGCUCUGGAGCUUCAACCAUUUUCCCUUAAGCCUCUUCUACGGCGAGCAAUGGCAAAUGAGUCAAUGGAGCGGUAUCGACAGGCAUACAUUGAUUAUAAAACAAUCCUGCAGAUAGACAGCAGUGUCCAGGCAGCAAAUGAUAGUGCUAACAGAAUAACAAAGACACUGAUAGAUCAGGAUGGUCCCAAUUGGAGGGAGAAGCUGCCACCAAUUCCAGUUGUUCCAGUUGCUGCUCAGCUACACAGGUGGGAUGGAGGAGCCCUCACUUCAGAGAAGAAACCAAGUACUAUAGACAUCAGCAGAGAAGAACAACUGCAGAUGAAUCGUGAGGAAGCUAUGGAGAAGUUCAAGAGAUUGAAAAAUGAAGGGAAUGAUUUUGUAAAAACAGGGGACUAUGAAGAAGCUGCAAAUAAAUACACUGAGUGCAUGAAGUUAAAUACUGAGGAAUGUACUGUCUACACUAACAGAGCUCUCUGUUACUUGAAACUGUAUAAAUAUGAAGAGGCUAAGCGGGAUUGUGAUCAUGUUCUUCAGAUAGAAGAUUCUAAUAUUAAAGCUUUUUAUAGAAGAGCACUAGCGUACAAAGGAUUACAGAAUUAUCAAGCCAGUGUUGAUGAUUUCAACAAGGUACUUCUAAUAGAUCCAAAUGUUGUUGAAGCACAGAAGGAAUUAGAGGAGGUAACCCAACUGCUUCACCUUGACAGCAGUGCUGGAGCUGGCUGUCAGCAAACGCAAGGGAAGAAAAUAACCAUACAAGAGGUGACUGAGCCUGAUGGACAGGAAGAGAGGACAUCAGAAGAUGCUGAGAAUCACCAUGUUGCUGCUGAGGAGGCUGCCCCAAAGCGAGUGGCACAGAGGUGCUCUGAGAAGCUCUGUGUUUCUGCGCCAUCCAAUGCUUAUGACUUCGGUCAGAUCGUAAAUGCCGUGAACGCCACUAAGGAUAAAGCUGCUUGUGCAGAUCUUUUAACAACUACUGAUCCAAAAAGACUGCCAGUGCUGCUAAGUAACAAACUUGAAGGAGAAAUCCUUCUCAUUUUUAUCCAGUCAUUGGAACAUUAUGUAGCUGGAAAAGACCCUGACCUUGCAUAUCAGCACCUUUUCUACCUAAGCAAAGCAGAAAGAUUUAAGGUGGUGGUGGCCCUUCUUAGCAGAAGUGAAAAAGAAGAGGUACAGCAACUGUUUGAUUUACUUUCAGAAAGCCAGAGUGAUCAGUACUCGUUGGAAGAUCUUGAGAGCCUUAAAAAGGUUUAUGAACUGUAGGAAGUUAAAGUUCGUUGGCUGCAUGCAUAUAGUUCAUGUUAGAAGGUGAAUGAAUGAACUCUGCAGACUUGCCUGCAUUCAAGUGGCCAAAGAGGACAUUCUGGAAAACAUUACAGUAAAAUCCUCAAACGACCAGGCACUUCAAACCCAGUCUUUUCCAAAG